AAAUAGGAAGUGGAGAGGUUUAAAGGUCUCAGAGAUGAACAGCCAACAUGCCUUUCAUCAUGUAUGCCCUGACUGGACCUCAAUGGCUGGACCUUGUUUUAGCGAUGUCCCUUCUCUGUUGGGCAGACUGUAGCCCUUCUCAGCAGGAUGAUAUGGCUCCCCUCGAAGUACAAUUCCAUUCUUUGGACUUCAGAAAUGUCUUGCGCUGGAAACAUCCAAACAAAGCUGCCAAAAACCUGAAAUAUUUUGUUCAGUAUAAAAUAUACGGAGACAAGGAGUGGACUAAUUCUGAUCACUGUCAAGGAAUCCACAAGCUGGAGUGUGACCUGAGCCAGGCGACAUCAGAUCCCAGAGAAUGGUACUAUGCCCGGGUCCGUUCCCUCUCCCCUGAGGGCAACUCAUCAUGGGUCCUUAGCCACAGGUUUUACCCUCAGUGGGAAACCAGAUUCAGCCCACCCCAGAUAAAGACGACUGUGACAGGACAGACCAUUACAGUUCAGAUCCGACCUCCGAGGACACCACUGCGAGGACAGAAGGGCAGAAUACGAGUGACAAAACUGCAGAAACUGAUUUUCAGAAUAUAUUUAAUGCGCGAUGGCAUUGAAGAGGAAGUUCAUGAAACAGACAGUUGCUCCAAGGAGCUUGUGAUUGAGUCGCUACGUCCGAAAACCACCUACUGUCUUCAGGCUCUGUCCGUUACUCCUCGCUCAGGCCGUAAAAGCUCCCGGAGUUCCAGCACCUGCGUCAACACUCAUUGAGGGUUUAGUGUCUCCCACAGGGUGAGGCUGCUUCUGGACCUUUGUUCAACGUGAAAAUUACACACAUGCACACUACAUAGUGGGAUGUCUGCAAAUGUUCACCAAGGUCAUGUUUGCUAUAAGACAGACUUUAAGCCUGGCCUAGCCUUUUGGUAUCAUUAAAGCUGAAGUGUGUAAUUUCUGUUCCACUAGCACAAAGGCAAUGUCAAAAAUAAUGAUUGUUUGCAAACGGGUUUUCUGAACACUCAUCUUUUAUUGGCUGGACAUACGGAUAGUUCCACCCCCAAAUCACACCAUGGAUUGAGCAACAGCAGUGUGGAAGGUGUGUCCCCGUACACACUUCAGCUUUAAGGCUAUGAAUUAAAGGGAUUCACAUUGAAAUUAAAUUUUGGUAUGUUUUAACUUACCUCAAAGGCAUCCAAGAUGUAGGUGUCUUUGCUUCCACAGU